AUGUCAGGAAGAGGCAAAGGAGGAAAAGGUCUUGGAAAGGGGGGCGCCAAGCGUCACAGGAAGGUCCUUAGAGAUAACAUCCAGGGUAUCACCAAGCCCGCCAUCCGUCGUCUUGCACGUAGAGGUGGAGUCAAACGUAUCUCUGGACUCAUUUAUGAGGAGACCCGUGGUGUGUUGAAAGUUUUCCUUGAGAACGUCAUUCGUGAUGCUGUCACCUACACCGAGCACGCCAAAAGAAAGACUGUCACAGCCAUGGACGUAGUCUACGCCCUCAAGAGACAGGGACGUACCCUGUACGGAUUCGGUGGUUAGAAACUCUACCAUCGUUUGUGCUUCACAGCGCAAAACCAAACGGCCGUUUUAACGGCCACCAAAAUUCUUUGAAAAGACAUCUCUAUGAAACGACUUUGAGAAACGGUUAUUGUUUUCAUUUCAUUUGCAGUGCAGAUUGCUUAACGAUUAACAGUUGAGGAUAUUGCCAGGUUAAUUACUUGCACACUUUAUCUGGGAUGCAUACGUAAUUAGCUUGCAUUGUUCAUAAAUAUAUACCCUCAUGCUUGCCCACUGCACGCCAAACACGAUUAACAUAUACAACUUUACUGAAUGCAAUCUUGUGUAUGUAGUUGUGAAAUUUUAAUUCAUUACUUGAUUUCUUUUCAUAUUGGGAGUACACAAAGCACUAAGGGAGGGACAGUUUUGUUUUUUAUAUUUCUUACUCCAGGCAUCUUGCAAUAACACACGAGUGCAGACAAAAUGUGUUUGAAAAAUUUAAAGGGGUAUUCAUUUGCUGUGAAAGUGAUGGCAACCUUUUUCUUCCUCUCUCUCAAUGGCAUAGGAAUCUGUACAUUAAUGACUAAUAACAACAUUUAUUUUGUAUAGGAAACAAGAUAAGACAAUAAUAUUAAAUAUUUAAUCACCAACA